AUGUUUUGGGGUUUUUUGGGUUGGGUGGGUGUGGUUGGGGUGGGUGGGGGUGUGAUAUGGGGUGGGGUGGGGGGGGGAGUGGUUUGGGUUUUGGUGUUUGAGUUGUGGGGUGUUGGAGAGUGUAUGGUGGGGUGGUGGAUUGUGGUGGGUGUGGAGGGGGGUGUGUGUGGUGGGGGGUGUGUUUGGUUUUUGUUGUGUGUUUGUGGGUUGUGGUGGAGGUGGGGGUGUGUGGGGGGUGUGGGGUUGGGGAGGUGGUGUAGGUGUGGUGUGUUUGGUGGUGUUGUUUUGGUGUGGUUAGGGUUGGGGGGGGGUUGUUUGGUUUUGGGGGGGGGGGGUAUGUUUUUGUGGGUUGGGGUGUUUUUGUGUUUGAGGGGGUGGUGGGGUUGGUUGUUGGUUGGGGGGGGUGUUGGGGUUGUGGUUGUGAUUAGUGUUGUGGGGUUGGUGGGGGGGGGGGGAGGUUUGGGUGGUGGUUUUGGGGGGGUUGGGGGUUGUUGGGUGGGGGGGGGGGGGUAUGGGGGUGUAAUGGAGGGGUAUUUAGGUGGGGGGAGUUGUGUUUUAGGUGGUUGGGUUGGUGGGGGUGAUUUGGGGUGUUGUGGUUGUGAUUUGUUGUGGGGGAGAGUGUGGGGUGGGUGGGGUUGGGAGGGUGGAGGGGUGGGUGGGGGGGGGGGGUGGGGGGGAGAAGGGUGGGGGGGGGGGGGUGGGGGGGGGUGUAUGAGUGGUAGUGGGGGGGGGUUUGGUGUGUGGUGGGGGGGGGUGGGUGGGGGGGGGGGGGGUGGUGUGGGGGGGGUGGUGGGUGGGGUGGGGGGGGGGGUGGGGUUGGGGGGGGGUUGGGGGGUGUUUGAUUGGGUUGGUUGGGGGUGGGGUUGUUGUGGGAUGUGGUGGUUGUGUGUUGUUGAUGGUGUUUUUGGGGUGGGGUUAGUUAUUGGAUUUGGAUGUGGGGUGGGGGGGGGGGGGGUGUGGGGGGUGGGUGGGGGGGUGGUGGUGUUAGUUGGGUUGGUGGUUGUUGUGUUGUGGGUGGGGGGGUGGGGGGGGGGGGGUUUGGGGGUUGGGGUUUGGUGGGGGUGGGGUUUGUUGGUUGUGUGUGUGUUGUUAUUUUGGGGGGAUGUUAGGGGUGUUGGGGGUGGUUGUUGUGGGGUGUGUUUUUGGGGGUGGUGUUUUUGGGGUGGGGGGGUAUUGGUUGGGUUUUGUGUGGGUGUGGGUGGUUUGUUGUGUUGUGUGGGUAGAGGGGUGUUGAGGGGUGUGGGGGGUGGGGGGGGGGGGGUUUGGGGGGUAGUGGUGUGUAUUUUGAGGGGAUUGGGGGGGGGGGGGUUGGGAUUGAUAGAUGGUGAUGAUGGGGGGGGGAGGGGUGUGGAGUUGGAUAGGGAGGGGGUGGUAGUGGGUGUUUUGUGUGUUGUGUGUUGUGGGUGGGGGGGUUGUUGGGGUAUUGUUGGGUUGGGGGGGGUGUGGGGGUGGGUGGGUUGGGUUUUGGUGGUGUGGGGUGAUUGUUUUAUGGGGGUGGGGGGAUGGUAUGGGUUGGUGUGGGAGUUUAUGUGGGGGUUUGUUGUGGUGGGUUUGUGUAGGUGUGGGGGGGUUUGGUUUUGGUGUAUUUUUGGGUGUGGGGUGGUGGUUGGGGUGGAUGGGGGGAUUGUGAUUUGGGUGGGUUGUUGGUGUGGGUUGUGUGGGUUAGGGUGGGGGUUGUGGGUUGGGUUAGGGGGGAGGGUUUUGUGGUUUUGUUGGGGGGUUUGGUGUGAUGGGUAUGUUGGUGUGGUUUGUGGGAGGGUGUGUGGGUUGGGGUUGGGGUGGGGGGGGGGUGUGUGUUUUAGUUGGUGGAGUAUGAAGUGGGGGGGUUGUUAUGGGGUGGGGUUGGGUGUGGUGGGGGGUGGUGGGUGUGUGUGGGGGUGGAGGGGGAUGGGGUGGUUGUUGGGGGGUGGUUGGGGGGGGUGGGGUUGGUGGUGGGGGUGGUUUAGGGUGUGUUUGGGGGGUGUGUGGGUUGGGGGGGUUUGUGUUGGGUUGUUUGGGUUGGGGGGGGUGGGUGUGGGUGGGGGUGGUGUGGUGGGGGGGGGGGUGAGGUUGGGGUUUUGGGGUUUGUUUGUGUGGGUUGUGGGUUGGUGUGGGGUGGGGGUAUGGUGGGGGUGGGGGGGGUGGGUGGGGUUGGGGGGAGGGGGGUGGUUUGGUGGUGGUUGGGGGGGUGGGGGUGGGGGGGGGGUGGUGUGGGGGAGUAGGGUGAGAUUGGGAGGUGGGGGUUGUGGUUUUGGGUGGGUAGUGGGGUGGGGUUUGGUGUUGUGUGGAUGUGGUUUUGGUUGGUGUGUGUGGUUAUUGGUUGGGGUGAGUAGUGGGUUGGGUGGGGUUGGUGGUGUUUGGGGGUUGGGAUUGGGUUGGGGGAGAGGGUUUGGGGGUGAUUGGGUUUUGUGGGUGGUUGUGGGGUGUAUGGUGAUGGUGUGUGGGAAUUAG